UGUUUCUUUCAUUCCCGUUCUUUUUAACACUCGAAAGAACUAUAACUCCGUAAAGCAUCCUCUGCUUCUCUACAGGUUCGUGUUUUUCUACAAUGGCCGAUCGAGUCCACCCUCGUGAUUCUCCUCCAUCAUCCUCCGAGUUCAAGCCGGCGCCGGUGUCAUCUCCGGAUAACCUACAGUUGCCCAUGAAACCGCCAGCUCCUUUGCCUGAGAAGCCUGUUCCUCCACCACCUGGAACUUACGUCGUCCAGAUCCCAAAGGAUCAGAUCUACCGUCUACCUCCUCCAGAAAAUGCCAAACGCUAUAAGAAACUCUCUGGCCAGAAGCCUCGACGCAGUUCCUGCUGCUGUUGUUUCUGCUGGUUUCUUGGUCUGCUUGUUGUUCUCAUUCUACUUGCCGGCAUCGCCGCUGGUGUCUUCUACCUUGUUUUCCGUCCGGAAGCUCCUAAGUAUUCUAUUGAUUCAAUAUCCAUUAAAGGAUUCAAUCUUUCAUCCUCGGCUCCAUUUUCGCCAGAAUUUGACGUCACUGUUAGAGCCGACAAUCCCAACGAUAAGAUCGGGAUUGAUUACCGCACAGGAAGCUCAGUUAAUGUGUAUUACAAUGAUGUUAGGCUCUGUAACGGAAAACUGCCAGCAUUUUACCAGCCGAGCAAUAACGUGACGGUCUUUGUGACGGCGUUGAAGGGGUCCGGGAUUGAGUUAACGAGUGCUGUGCAUAAGGCGUUGGUUAACGGCGAAAACAAAGGAAAGCUGCCGUUCAAUUUGAAAUUGAGGGCGCCGGUGAGGAUUAAGGUGGGAUCUGUCAAGACGUGGACGAUCACCGUUAAAGUUAAUUGUGAUGUAACGGUAGAUAAGUUAACAUCGAAAGCAAAAAUCGUGUCCAAGGACUGUGACUAUGGAGUUGAUCUGUGGUAACGGCGUGUUUGGCUGUAAAGUUAAGGAGUUUCGGUGGGAUUUUCAUUUUAUUUUAAUUUUUCAUAAGAUAUAAAUCAGUAGUGGUAUACAUGUUGACAUUAGAGAUAAAAGUAUACCAAUAUGAUUCAUUAUUAUUUAAUCGAUUCUUCGUUCCCUGUCG